AUUUCAAGUCCUUUGAAUUCCAUGUCAACACUUACAACACCCUCGGCAUUUCAUACUUUGCUAAACAAAAAAACUUGCACCGACUCGGAUAACUGAAUCCUUUCAAGAGACGAAUAUCCAUUUAACCAUCAUGAUCUACCUCCAACGCUGCUGCUGCUUCGUCGAUCUGCGCUUCGGCACUCUCCUAGUUGGAUUCAUACACAUUGUGGUGGAUGUUUUGGGGGGCUUCUUCGUCGCCGUUUUCGGGGAGUCUGGAAUGCCCGAUCUGGGCCACCGAUUGUUCCUCAUCUUCAUGAUGAUACACUGUCUGAGCUGCGUGUGUCUAAUUAUUGGAUGUUUAAAGCUAAGGAGCAUUUGGAUGCUGCCUUACGUACUGCUGACCCUUAUCAAGAUAAUGGCCAUGAUUAUACUAAUCAUUGCCGACGUAAUUCUCUCCAUUUGGUAUCCGGUGAUUGUACUCUACGUCAUGAUGUUGGUGAUGUGCCUAUACUUCUGGCUGGUGGCCUACUCCUUUUACGCUGCUCUCGGCGGAGCUCUUUUCAUCUGAAUGCGGCUGUUAACAUUCAACAGAAGUGCUUGGAAAAAAUUGUACUGUGCCUAUAUGUAGCAAUAAAGUUUUUAAUCCUCUGACAA